AUGCCUUCAGCAAACGAGAAGUCAACCAUGGUCGAGACGGCCUCCGUCCGCAGCACGUCAACCACCUCAAGCUUGAAGGCCCUUCUGCCACGCAAGAGCAGCAAGGACAGCAAGGACGCCAGCAAGAGCAAAACCCCGGCGGUCUCUCCUCGGGAGACGCCGGAGGAGAAAGCAAUCCGAAUGGAAGCCGUCGCCGGGUAUAUGGGUAUGAUGAGGUAUUAG